CUGUUUGCCAUAAGGAAGAUCCCAGAAAGCACUCUUGGCCCAAAAACAGGGGGAGCUACUGCCAUUUUGUGCUUUAUAAGGAAAACAAAGACACAAUGGAUGCUAUUAACGUGUUGUCUAAAUUUCUAAGAGUAAAGCCAAAUAUAUUUUCUUACAUGGGAACUAAAGAUAAGAGGGCUAUAACAGUACAAGAAAUUGCAGUUGUAAAAAUCACUGCAGAGAGGCUUUCUCAUCUGAACAAAUGUUUAAUGAACUUCAAGCUAGGGAAUUUCAGUUAUAAAAAAUAUCCCUUGAAGUUGGGCGAGUUGCAAGGAAAUCAUUUUACAGUUGUUCUGAGGAAUAUCACAGGAUCAAAUGAACAAGUAGAGCAAGCAAUGACUUCACUGAGGGACAUUGGAUUUAUUAAUUAUUAUGGAAUGCAGAGAUUUGGAACAACAGCAGUUCCUACUUACCAAGUAGGAAAAGCAAUUCUGCAUAACAAAUGGAGUGAAGUCAUGGAUCUAAUCCUAAAACCUCGACCUGGAGCAGAGAGAGGUUAUCUUGUGAAAUGCAGAGAAGAGUGGGCUAAAACCAAGGAUCCUGAGGCUGCAUUGAAAAAGCUUCCAGUGAAAAGGUGUGUAGAAGGACAGUUACUGCGAGGCCUGGCAAAAUAUGGAAUGAAGAACAUUGCAUCAGCAUUUGGUGUGAUUCCAAGAAAUAAUCGACUAAUGUACAUUCACAGUUAUCAGAGCUAUGUGUGGAAUAAAAUAGUGAGCAAAAGGAUUGAAAAAUAUGGACUUAAAGCUGUGCCAGGAGAUUUGGUACUGAAAGGAGUUACAGCAAUUCCAAUUGAGGAGUCUGAUGUGGAGAAACAUACUAUACAUGACGUAGUGUUGCCUUUGCCUGGAUAUGAUGUUCUGUAUCCAAAACAUGAAAUUGGCAAGGCCUAUGAAGAAAUGAUGGCUGCAGAUGGCUUGGAUAUAAAUAAUAUGAAACACAAGAUUCGAGAUUAUUCCUUAUCAGGAGCAUACAGGAAGAUCAUUAUUCGUCCUCAGAAUGUCACCUGGGAAACUCUGGUGUAUGAUGAUAAUACAAUUCCAUUGGUUCACACUGAUGUGGAAAAGCUGGAAGGAACACCUUUGCCUGAAUUUUCUAAAGGUACGGAAACUGUGGGAACAAACCUGAAUUUAACUUUGUUCAGUUAA